CCUCUUUUCCUCCUCCCCUCCGCCUCCAUAUAUCUCCACCUGACCGGCGACUGCUAAACCCUAGCUCGUUCCCCUUCUAGCCUUAAACCUUCUUCCCCCAUCUCACGAAAAAGGGCAACAUCUAGGCGGCGGCGGCGGGCGGUGAUCAUGGCGGAGCUGAAGCGGCUGUCGGAGAGCCGCGACCUAACCCGCAUCGAGCGGAUAGGCGCGCACUCCCACAUCCGGGGGCUGGGGCUGGACUCCUCCAUCGAGGCCCGCGAUGCCUCGGAGGGGAUGGUCGGCCAGCUCCCCGCGCGCCGCGCCGCUGGACUCAUCCUCCAGCUCAUCCGCCAGGGGAAGAUCGCCGGCCGCGCCGUCCUCCUCGCAGGGCAGCCGGGGACCGGCAAGACCGCCCUCGCCAUGGGCAUCGCCAAGUCGCUCGGCGCCGAGACGCCCUUCGCCUCCGUCGCUGCCUCCGAGCUCUUCUCCCUCGACCUCUCCAAGACCGAGGCGCUCACCCAGGCGUUCCGCCGCGCCAUUGGCGUUCGCAUCAAGGAGGAAGCGGAGAUCAUCGAGGGCGAGGUCGUUGAGAUCUCAAUCGACCGCCCUGUCUCCGCCGGUAGCUCGGGCAUACCUUCAGGUGCUACCGCUGCCGGCAAGACUGGAAGGCUCACGCUGAAGACUACGGACAUGGAGACGGUGUAUGAGCUGGGUGGGAAGAUGAUUGAGGCCCUGGGGAAGGAGAAGGUACAGAGCGGGGAUGUGAUUGCGCUCGACAAGGCCUCCGGGAAGGUUACCAAGCUUGGCCGCUCCAUCGGGAGGUCACGGGAUUAUGAUGCCGUUGGUGCGCACACCAAGUUUGUCAAGUGCCCUGAAGGAGAGCUCCAGAAGCGCAAGGAGGUUAUGCACUGCGUUACCUUACAUGAGAUUGAUGUCAUCAAUAGCAGGACACAAGGCUUCCUUGCACUUUUCACUGGUGACACUGGUGAGAUCCGUGCAGAGGUUAGGGAGCAGAUCGAUACAAAAGUUGCCGAGUGGAGAGAGGAAGGAAAGGCUGAGAUUGUCCCUGGCGUUCUGUUUAUCGAUGAAGUCCACAUGCUAGACAUUGAAUGCUUCUCCUUCCUGAACCGUGCUCUGGAGAAUGACAUGGCUCCGAUCCUCGUUAUUGCGACGAAUCGAGGCAUUACAACCAUACGUGGGACCAACUACCGAUCACCACAUGGUAUACCGUCGGAUUUCCUCGACCGCCUCUUGAUCAUCACAACACAACCAUACACGGCGGAGGAGAUCCGGAAGAUCUUAGACAUCAGGUGUGAGGAAGAAGACGUUGAAAUGUCUGCUGAGGGCAAGGAUCUGCUGACAAAGAUUGGCACUGAGACCUCCCUCAGGUACGCGAUCCAGCUGAUCACUUCGGCCGGCUUGGCUUGCCAGAAGCGCAAGGGCAAGGUCGUGGAGAUGGAGGACAUAAGCCGGGUGUACCACCUGUUUCUGGACGUGAAGAGAUCGACGCAGUUCUUGAUCGACAGCCAGAGCGACUACAUGUUCAGUGAAGUGCAAGGGGAUUCCGAUGGGGAUGACGCCAUGCAGUCCUAGACGGAGAAUUUUGCAAUGGAACCGGGGUUGGUUUGUAUGGCUCGUGUAUCUUGGAUACUUGUUUCUCGUUUAGAUUAGUUGUUGAGCGUGAGAUGUUACCUGACAAGCACACUUGAUGGGUGCAGUGAUCUAUGUUAACGGCUGUAACCGGUGACUCACAAUUGAGUGUAUCCUUCGUCUCAGGCUCGUUCGUUCAGUUCUUUUUCA